ACCAUUCGCAGUGUGUUCGGUCGGUACCACCAUUCAUUGUGACAACAUGCUUCGGACAUUGGUUUUGCUCGCUCUGGUUGGGGUUGGUUGCUGGGCGCAAGAAACGGCAACGGUGGAACCACCGGAACCGCUCGACUUUUCGUACACCCGUCUUUGGCGGUACGCACAGCAGCAGUGCGACCUGAAAGGGAUAACGCAAACCGAGUUCACCAACUCCUGGCUAGCGGUACGGCGCUGCCUGAAGGAUACGCUCGAUGUGGUGCAACUGAACGAAGACUCGAUGCGAAUGAAUGCCUCGAACCAGGAAGUGAUCCUCACUAGACACUGCCCGAAGCUGUACGAAGGAGUCAAGUGUUUCGAUCCGUUCGUUGAUCUCGUGCGCACGUGUGUCGAUGAGGAAAGCUUCGAGAUCUUCGCCUCCCUGCGUGCCUGGUUCCGUGACAUUCUGGACUUUCUGUGCGAGAGUAAUGGUACUAACUUUGUAUACGACAAGGAGAAGCAUGAUGCGUGCACGCGUGACCUCAACGUGCAUCUUAUCACAUGUGCGGCCGAAAACAUGAACUUCGUUAUCACACCGCAACUGAACCGAAGGAACCUGUCCGAGGAGUUCUGCAACAUGCUAACAAAGGCGAAGGAUUGUUUGCUCGAGAAGCUGCGACCCUGUGACGUGUUCGCCAACGGUGCCCGGCUCUUCUACAAAAACUUCAUCCAAAUCACCUCCUGUAAAGGCACGGCCGAUCCGCAUUAGGCGGCAUUAGAGAGGGGGGCCCGAUUUGCAAUAAAUUAACGAUCCAAACACACUUAA